UGAACAGAUGGCCCGGCCUCAGCGUUUGCUCACUGAAGAGUCGUCAGAUUUAGUCUUCUUCCAUCUGUCUUGCUGGAAAGAUUACAUAACGGCAUAGUAAUGUUUGAAAAGCGCUCAGCGCGAUCUCGGCCCGGACACACAGUUGUGCUCUGGCCUUGCUGUCAGUGUGGUAAGACCCGCGCUGAACUGCUUCCAGCCUUUCCUUCCAGGCAAAACAAGACGAAAACGAAACGUUAUCUGUGAAACAUACACGAGCAAGGAGAUCAUAGCAGUUAUCGUACGGGAAACGCAAUACAUUUCUGUUACGGACCAGCGCUGUCCAGGGUUGUGAGCCAUGGCUGUGUGGAUCCAGGCCCAGCAGCUGCAGGGGGACGCGCUGCACCAGAUGCAGGCCUUGUAUGGCCAGCACUUCCCCAUCGAGGUGCGGCAUUACCUGUCCCAGUGGAUAGAGAGCCAGGCCUGGGACUCAAUAGAUCUUGAUAAUCCACAGGAGAACAUUAAGGCCGCCCAGCUCCUGGAGGGCCUGGUGCAGGAGCUGCAGCGGAAGGCGGAGCACCAGGUGGGGGAGGACGGGUUUCUGCUGAAGAUCAAGCUGGGCCACUACGCCACGCAGCUGCAGAGCACCUACGACCGCUGCCCCCUGGAGCUGGUCCGCUGCAUCCGGCAUAUCCUCUACAACGAGCAGAGGCUGGUGCGCGAGGCCACCAACGGCGGCUCCCCGGCCGGAAGCCUCACCGAUUCCCUGUCGCAGAAGCACCUGCAGAUCAGCCAGACGUUCGAGGAGCUGCGGCUGGUGACGCAGGACACGGAGAGCGAGCUGAAGAAGCUGCAGCAGGCGCAGGAGUACUUCAUCAUCCAGUACCAGGAGAGCCUGCGCAUCCAGGCCCAGUUCACGCAGCUGGCGCAGCUGAGCCCCCAGGAGCGGCUGAGCCGGGAGUCGGCGCUGCAGCAGAAGCAGGCGACGCUGGAGGCCUGGCUGCAGCGCGAGGCGCAGACGCUGCAGCGGUACCGCGUGGAGCUGGCCGAGAAGCACCAGAAGACCCUGCAGCUGCUGCGCAAGCAGCAGACGGUCAUCCUGGACGAUGAGCUGAUCCAGUGGAAGCGGAGGCAGCAGCUGGCGGGCAACGGGGGGCCCCCCGAGGGCAGCCUGGACGUGCUGCAGUCCUGCACCUUCAUCAUCGAGAAGCAGCCCCCGCAGGUGCUGAAGACGCAGACCAAGUUCGCGGCCACCGUGCGGCUGCUGGUGGGCGGGAAGCUGAACGUGCACAUGAACCCGCCGCAGGUGAAGGCCACCAUCAUCAGCGAGCAGCAGGCCAAGGCCCUGCUGAAGAACGAGAACACCCGCAACAGCGACUACAGCGGCGAGAUCCUGAACAACUGCUGCGUCAUGGAGUACCACCAGGCCACCGGCACGCUCAGCGCCCACUUCCGAAACAUGUCCCUGAAACGGAUCAAGAGGUCAGACCGGCGUGGGGCGGAGUCGGUGACGGAGGAGAAAUUCACCAUCCUAUUUGAAUCGCAGUUCAGCGUGGGUGGCAAUGAGCUCGUGUUUCAAGUCAAGACCCUGUCGCUCCCGGUGGUGGUCAUCGUCCACGGCAGCCAGGACAACAACGCGACGGCCACGGUGCUGUGGGACAACGCCUUCGCCGAGCCUGGCAGGGUGCCGUUCGCCGUGCCCGACAAAGUGCCGUGGCCCCAGCUCUGCGAGGCGCUCAACAUGAAGUUCAAGGCCGAGGUGCAGAGCGCCCGGGGCCUGACCAAGGAGAACCUGGUGUUCCUGGCGCAGAAGCUGUUCAGCAGCGGCAGCGGCCACCUGGAGGACUACAGCAGCAUGUCCGUGUCCUGGUCGCAGUUCAACAGGGAGAACCUGCCGGGACGGAACUACACAUUCUGGCAGUGGUUCGACGGCGUGAUGGAGGUGCUGAAGAAGCACCUCAAGCCCCACUGGAACGACGGCGCCAUCCUGGGCUUCGUGAACAAGCAGCAGGCGCACGACCUGCUCAUCAACAAGCCCGACGGCACCUUCCUGCUGCGCUUCAGCGACUCGGAGAUCGGCGGCAUCACCAUCGCCUGGAAGUUCGACUCUCAGGAAAGAAUGUUCUGGAACCUGAUGCCGUUCACCACCAGGGACUUCUCCAUCCGGUCCCUGGCCGACCGCCUGGGGGACCUGAGCUACCUGAUCUACGUGUUUCCUGACCGGCCGAAGGACGAGGUGUACUCCAAGUACUACACGCCCGUGCCCUGCGAGCGUGACACUGGUUCGCGACCGCGUCUGCCGACGCCGGGGCCAGCGCCACCUACAUGGAUCAGGCCCCGUCCCCGGCCGUGUGUCCCCAGGCGCCGUACAGCAUGUACCCGCAGAACCCCGACUCCGUCUUGGACACCGAUGGGGACUUCGACCUGGAGGACACGAUGGACGUGGCCCGGCGCGUGGAGGAGCUCCUGGGCCGGCCCAUGGACAGUCAGUGGAUGCCCCACACGCAGUCAUGACCUGGCCUCCCGCCCGGCUCCUCCGUCCUGGCCGGGGGACAGCGCUCGGGGACGCCACGUCCGUGACCUGCUUCUCCUCGGAAACAAAGCUUAUAACGUGAAGUGCUGACCCUAGUUGUGAGCUGAGUGUUUCUGCGCACGGCAGCGCCUGUGCGUGUGCUUGUCCUUCUGGCGUUUCCACCCCUCGCUCUCACAGCCCAGCGUGGCCUCGAGUUCCUCCCGAGAGCAGCAAGGAGGCGCCUCCCGGGCGGCGCGUGGUGGCCUGCGGCUGUCCCGGUGGGAGAAGGACGAAGGCCGCGGACCAGGGCAGGGAUGGGAAAGGGCCAGGCGGCAGCGGUCCUCAGCGGUGGCGGCUCUCUGCGCAGCGUCCACGCCCGCCGCCGUCCCCGCCCUGCCUCUGGCCUUGCCCCUUGUCUCUCGUGUGUGUCCCCGCCGGUGUGUGACAGGAUGCAGCACCCGCCGGGGCUGUGCCCGCCGGCCCCAGGCUUCCCGAAUGCUUUGUACCCAUACCGGCUUCUUACAGGCGCGAGUGUUUUUGUUUCCACAUUGGGCCUUUUUGGUUUUCUCCUUGCCACCUGAAUUGGACACCCAAAUUCUCUUCCUGCACCAGGUCCUGGGCCCGUCAUCCUGGCCACCCCCUUCUCCCCUCCCAGCUGGUCACCCGUCCUGUGUGUGGAGGAGCAGGUGACAGGGUGGCCUGAAGCCGGGGCACCCUGGUCACCUCGAGUGCCGGGCGCCGGCGGAGUUGGUUGUGGGACCCACCCCGCAGGUUUGCAGGGAAGCCCUGGCGUGGCGCUGCUCCCCGUUUCCUGUGCGGGUCACCCCGGGAGGAAGAGGCAGGCAGAGGGCGAGCAGACCGCUCCCGGGUCAGCCCCUCGGCCCCCCUCCUAGAGCGGGGCAGGGCGCCCUGGGAGAGGUGGCCCGGAAACCUUAUUUUUAUACAUGUGAGUAAAUAAACAUAUUUUUUUUUAUAAAAAUAACUUCUGAAUUUACCAGUGUUUUGCUGUUCAAGAAUACUCCUCCGUAGCGAAUUAUUUAUUGGAAGAUGACCUUUUAGGAGCUGCUGUUUGCCUUGCCUGGGUUUCGUACACUGAUUUAUUUUUCUAUGCCAGGCGGUGGACUCCGGGAGUAGGGCGGCGCCCAGUGGAAGGAGAGGCCACCGAGCCCCUCCCUGUCACCCCGUGUCACUCAGAUGCCCAUCCCUGGGGCCCAGGCCCGCCACGCCCUUCCCUGCCAGUGUCUUAGCCAUGCGCACCACCCCUGCCUCUGCCUGGCGGGGACGGGGGCUCAACUCCGCUCCGCUUGGCGGUGGGCACAGCCCCAGGGCCCACUGUGCAGUUGGCACUGGCUUGGACGCAGUGGCCGGGCUGCGGCUGUGCCAGGUCGGGGCGCUUGGGGGCUGGCACGUGCACCCCUCGCUGUCUGCGUUCCGCACCCGUCUUCGUCCACCACCGGGGAGGCCCCGCAAGCCCGGCCCCCGACUCGAGCACCCCCACCAGCCGCUGCACAGGGCCAGGGGAAGCGUGGGGCCUGCGGGGGGCAGAGGGGGACUCGGGAACGACCCUCGUUCGCAGUGAAAGGAUACUUUUUAUAAUUUUUUCUUUUUCAAACUUUAUGAAAUUAUUUGAGAUACAUAUUUUAGCACCGAGGCAGAUUAGUAUACACCCAACAGAGAGCAUUGUGUGCAAUUCGGGGCCGUCGCGAAGCUGCGCAUCUUAUGUUACUUGUAAUAAAGGCUCCCUCUGCAGGGACA